AAGUACCCUUGUUUAUAAGUACACAAAUUAAUAUUUUUCCAUGGAAAAUUCAACGGCUUCUAAACUUGCUUGCUUGGCAAUAAUGUUUUUUGUAAUAACUUUUACAAAGGUCGAAGCAACUGUUAAAUGUAGUGCUGUCUUGGCCGAUCUUAGCUCAUGUUACAAUUAUGUCCUAAAUGGAGGACAAGUGCCGCUACCUUGUUGUUCCGGAACUCAAUCACUCAACGAAGCCGCCAACGAUACACCAAAUGCACAAGAUGUUUGUAAGUGUAUCAAAAUCAUUGUUCCGAAGAUUGGGGCCAAAUCGGAUUUUGUUAACAACAUCCCAAAAAUAUGCAACGUUAAUAUCCCCUACACAUACUCAGACGCGCUCGAUUGUUCAAAGGUGGAGCGUUAAAUCAACGAACUUCGACAGAUAUAUAUAUAUAU